CUUCGACGCCUCCGCGCUUUGCUCAUUCGGGUGUGACCUCCGCAGCUCAGUGAAGGGAAUGGCUGGCGCGUGUCCAACUUGAGACUUGUGUGGGUCGUGUGUGUGUGUGUGAGACCUGCAGGAAGAAAAGUCGUUGCGUGGCCUCUUGGAUCAGUUCCUCAGCUACGUCUUCAGGGUAGAACUUGGCCCGGAACUUUAUCAACAGAGGGUUCUCCCUGCGUACAUCCUGAGCUGUCACCUGGGAACAUUACAGCAUUGCAACAACAUGACCUGCAGGAUCAUCCAAUCGCAAGAGGUCGUAGGGGACUACAAUCAAAACAUGAAGCCCACAAGGAAUAAGACGGUACAGAUGCAGAAGAUCAAGUCUCGUCUGAAGUCAGAGUUUGAGUCCCUAGAGUCUGAGGAGAAACAUCUGAAGGAAUACAAACAGGAGAUGGACCUCCUAAUGCAGGAGAAGAUGGCCCAUGUAGAGGAGCUACGACUCAUACAUGCUGAUAUCAAUGUGAUGGAGAGCACUAUAAAGCAGUCAGAGAACGACCUGAACAAGCUGCUGGAGACGACGCGGAGGCUCCAUGAUGAGUACAAACCCCUGAAGGAACAUGUCGACGCCCUCAGGAUGACCUUGGGCCUUCACAGACUGCCCAACCUCAACGAAGAGGAGGAGAAACUCUCUCUGGAUUACUUUGAGAAGCAGAAGGCUGAGUGGCAGAAGGAGCCUCAUGAGCCCACCAUCCCAGAAUCCCUUGCAGCAGCGGCUGCCGCGGCCCAACAGCUCCAGGUCUCCCGGAAACAAGAUGCCCGCCAGACCGCCACCUUCAGACAACAGCCUCCUCCCAUGAAGGUACACAGUACACACCCUCCUAUGAAGGCCUGUCUGUCAUGCCACCAACAGAUCCAUCGUAACGCUCCUAUCUGUCCACUGUGCAAGGCCAAGAGUCGCUCCCGCAACCCCAAGAAACCUAAGAGGAAGCCUGACGAGUAGACACACACUCCUACUACCACCUCAUAUUGCUAAAUUUCACAUCUGGAAUUCAGUAAAACAUGUCGUCAUAACCUUUCCCCAUGCCAUGGAACCUACAUUUAGUGUAAUCGUCAUUAAGUGUUUUCUUUUUAACAGUGCUUGAGUGUUGAAAUGUAAUUGUUAACCUUAAGGUUUAAUAGACCAUAACCAUGUUAUAUGCAAUAAUACACAAUACUAUACUGUAGCUGUACCCAUGUUGUGAUUGGUUCUGGCAUUAAAUGUGAAACGUCCUGCAUUUACUUGUUCCUCUGUAUUUAACAUGUGUACAUUGCAUGAACACUCUCCAUGGCUGAACUAUAAUCACUGUGUUGUAACUGUUUGUGAUAUUGGACUGUAUAACCCAGGAAGUUGUUCUAAUGUUUUACUGAAGGCAUAAUGGACAGUCAAAGGACUGAGAAAACCACGAUGCUCAUUUGCUUUUAACAGUGUUGUAUGUGAAACUUGAAUACAAGAAUAGAAAAAUAAAAUGUAUUUUGUACUGCA